GACAACAAAGGGGCGGUAACCCGAAUUUCCUGCGAAAUGUCAAAAUAUACAUUCCUAGUUAUGCCAGUUAAAAAGGUGUAACCGUCACUUUCGGGAUCUUUUACUUCAGCCUUGGAUUUUAAAUUAUGGAAGUUUAUCAAACAGACGAUCACUACAUUAUCCAAAAUGGAGAAUACAGUUUAUGGUGCAGCAGAACAAAUGGAACGUUGGAACCCAAGAAAGGAACUGAAUUGUGUUCAGCAUGGAACCCAGUGUGUGUGGGAUUGGUAUAUGGAGUGAUCGGAAAGAUAAAGAUACACCAAGACUCGGACUGGCGACUUUUGCUGAUCAGCAAGAGGACAUGCAUUGGUCUGUUGUCAGGGGAACAUGAGGUCUACCAGGUCAACAAAGUUGCCAUGGUUACGCUGUCUGAGGCAGACCCAGUUGACCUUGAACUUGAGCUGUGUGAUAAGCACCAUUUUGGCAUGAAGCAGACCAAGCGUAUAACUCAGAGUGUCGAUACGCAGGCCAAAAAGAGGACAUAUUCAGAACAAAAUAAACCAAAAAAGCGUGACUCAAAAGACAGGGAUAAAUUUGAAAAGCGGAUUUUUGAGGAGCUGAUGAAAAUGUAUGAGUCCAACAGCUUCUACUACUGUCGAACAUAUGAUAUCACACGCUCAGUGCAGCGCCAGUGCGUGCAGUACAGUCAAGAAGGGAGACCACUCUGGCAGCAGUGCGACUCUCGAUUCUUCUGGAACAUGCACAUGCUGCAAGAAAUCAUUGAAACUCAGAAAACAAUUGCAGAUCCUGAUCUGGCUGAUUUCUGGAUAGUUCCUGUGAUUCAAGGCAGCGUGGACAUACAAGAAUGCGUCCUUGACUUCACUGACCUUGGCCUAGACCUCAGCCCCAUGACCCUUCAAGGUCAAGGGCAAUCUUCUAAGGACCCCAUUAAGUACACCAUGACCUUGAUAUCAAGACGUAGCAGACACAGGGCAGGUACAAGGUCUAAGAAAAGAGGUCUGGAUGAAACUGGAGCAUGUGCCAAUUAUGUGGAGACGGAGCAGAUCAUAGAGUUCAACCACCACCGAGUCUCCUUCGUGCAGGUCCGAGGUUCAAUCCCGGUGUUCUGGAGCCAGACAGGGGUGAAGUACCGGCCUCCACCGAAGCUUGAUAAAGGCGAGGCUGUGACGUUCGAAGCGUUCAAAUGUCACAUGGACGAGCAGUUGACGUUAUACAGAGCGUUGACGCUGUUGACGUUAACGGAACUGACGGGAAAGGAGAAGGUGAUAGGCGACGCGUACCUCAAUAACGUGCUAAAGUACAACUCUCAGGACGUCACCUACGUCACGUUUGACUUUCACGAACAUUGCCGCGGAAUGAAGUUUGAAAACGUCUCCAGUCUGACCUCCGCCAUCAAGGACAUUAUCAAACACAUGCGAUACUGUUGGGUGGACAGGAAGGGGAUGAUCUGCGAACAGCGUGGCGUGUUCCGCGUUAACUGUGUCGACUGUCUGGAUCGCACCAACGUCGUGCAGACGGCCGUGGCGCGCGUAGUCAUGGAGACCCAGUGCCGGAAGCUUGGUCUCCUGGCGCCGGAAGAGACGCUCCCAGACAGUUGCCGCCGCAUAUUCCAGCAGAUGUGGGCAAACACGGGAGAUGCCAUCAGCAAGCAGUAUGCAGGAACAGCGGCGCUUAAGGGUGACUUCACCCGCACCGGGGAGCGGAAGUUGACAGGGAUGAUGAAGGAUGGCGUCAACUCAGCAAACAGGUAUUACCUUCGCUUCAACGACACGUACCGACAGGCGGCCAUUGACAUAACGCACGGGAAACACGUGUCCGAGGACAUCAUGCAUGGCAAGGUCAAGGUGCCCGAAGAAGACGUACGUGAGUUGCUGGAGAAGGAAGAAAAUGUCAAGCAGCUUAUCGAGGACUGUAAGGUGAUGUUGAUCCUGGAGCCUGAAGAAUGCCUUGGGGGUUGGAGCCUCGUUAACGCAGACCCUGUACACGGUGAUGUGGACAGACAGGAGAUGGACGUCAUUCUACUGCUGAGUCAGCGCUCAGUCUACGUAGCCUGGUACGACGAUGAGGAGGAACAAGUAACACAAUAUCAGAGAAUCUUCCUGGAAGAUAUCGAGCAGCUCGAGAUAGGCGCGGAGCAUUCUCUGUUCAAAUCGAAGGCGAUUGUAAUGCGACUGCACUACCGACACUACGCGGAUGGUGGGUUCUUCCACACGCUUAAGGCCCCCGGCACUCGCCUCUUCAAUAAUCUCGUGAUCCCCGUGCGUACUUUCGAGGAGGCGAAAGAGCAACUGCACGUGGUUGCGGAGGCAUUCACUGCCGCACAGAAUCUUCUGAAAUUAGAGUUGGUCGUGGAAGAGAAACCGAAACUGGACAAGCGUAAAACUCGACCUCAUCCAGAGGUCGUGGACGUUCAUCAGCAGCUACAGGAGAACGCUCUCACUGGUAUCCACCUCCCGCGCGACGUCUCCAAUCUGGAUAUUGAGCCGGACUCAAGUUCUCGCGGGAACUCCCCGAGACUUCACCGCAAGGCGGUGUCGAAUAUCAAGGACGACGGUCAGGACGAAUGCAAGAUUAGAGAGACCAGGAGUGAGCCAGCGGAGGGAAAACUCAGGCGGGAACCGGACACCUCCUCGAAAUCCGCGGUGAAAUCGCUGUUGUCUGCUAUUCCGAAAUUCGGGAAAACCCCGUCGGGGAGUUUGGAGCUCGUCAUGCCCCAGCUGAAUAUAAAAUCAAGUAUCGUGAGAAAGUUGAAAUCUGGAGGCGUGGGUGCUGGUCGACUGUUGUCGAAGGUUCCCGGUGCCAAGUUCUUCAACAAGAACAACUCAAAGGAUAUGGCAGACGUCACGGACGCAGACGAUAAUAUCGUCGUGAUAGAAUCGGUUGUGGUGCCUGAAAAUGCUCAAGGUAACCCAGGAAUGUUUCGUACUAUCAGUAAGGACGAUUCUUCAAUAGACGAAAACCAGGAUGUGACAGAGGACGAUUUGAAAGACGACGUUGUUCUCGACAGUUGCGGUAUCUUAGCAACAAAUGCUCAACAGAUUAUUGAAUCUCCAAAUUGCAUUCUCCUAUACCGGAAGUGAUAACAUAACGUUAAAACCGAAGUCGCGGUUUUAUAUAGGACUAUCUUCAGACAGUACCGAACUCCAACGAGCAUACGGACAGUCCCAGGAUGAAAAAGAACGCGAACAACCAACUUUGUUACCGCGUAUGCAACGGGAACUAAAGCUGUGCAAAAGCGAGUCGGACAUGACAAAAUCGCGCCCAGAGGUUGUGAUUAGCAAACAAGAAAUCGAUGGGACGAAGAAAAACCUAUUUCCGCCACGUAUUGUAACAACGGAACCUAACCACCGACUUAGCGCUCAAGCGAGAGUUAUAGAUGACUCUGAGGCGGAUCGAAUUCUCGCCAAGUACAGUAAGCGUUCCGCGGGUGCAUUGACACACCCUAAUAUGCGAACGAGCCUUAGCGACACUGCGAUCGCCAGUCACGUAUCAGAAAGUGUCGAAAUACAGCUGGAAAACUUCCCGCUACCCGAUGAGAAGUCUUCCGGCCUUGAACUGGAGUUGGAGUUUAACUCGGGACUUCAAAAGAAACUGCCUAACCUUCUGCAAAGUGCCAGGAUGUCGCGUAAGACCCACCGCGUUUACGAGAGUUUAAAGCAGCAUAUUCAACAGAGCUUGGGCGAUGAUGUGUGUCAGAGCACGAUUAUAUUUGUAUGAACGAUAUUAUUACUAGUAUUUCCAAUAGGCUGUGAACUUAAUUCACGAUUGUAAGAUUUAGUGUCUUGCGACCUUUUUUGUUGAUUGUAUUUGUUUAAUCUUAGGUACCGUUUCGCCUUCACAUUCCUUAAUUGGGUAUUUUUUAGUUUUUUUAUUGAGUUGUUUUUGUCUUUUUUAGAACGGAUUGUGUUAUUACAGGGAUUGGGUUUUGCAGCUUGGUAUUCAUCAAAAUGUAGGAAAUUGAAUAUAUGUAACAUGUGAAUGCGGUAUUAAUCAAUUACCGGUUCUUAUCAUUAGGGAUACAACAGGGUAUCCGGCUCAUGUACAGAAAGUAAAUUACAACCAUAAACGUUUUUUAGGUUAUCAAUUAUCAUUUAAGAUGUGUGUGUGAUUAUUGGAAAAAUGCCUGCUGUUUUUGAAAGGUAUUGGUUUGAAUACGAGCUACAUACAGACUUGUGCCAUAAGUGAACGUCACAACGUUUUUAGUAAUGGCUGCAUUGGUAAGUGCAGUAAAUAAACAGCGUUCAAAUUAAAUAAAAAUGUAAGGGUUAUAUCCCUUCCUUUAAUCAAAUAUUUUGUUAUGCUUUCUGACCUCAUCAUGACGUAUUUAUAUCUAGAAAAUGACGGAAUCUGCCGCCAAAAUCGUGUUAUAAACAGUCAUGGUAGGUGAAAGGAAAAAACUAACCCCUGACACGGAAACGGCUGCUGUUUCAUCGUUUCAAUCAGGCCUUCGACAACCAGAAAUUUCCCGAAGAUAAGGCAUACCACGGACUACAAUAGCUGGGAUUAUUAAUAGAUUUCGCGCACGCAAAAGUGUUGAAAACUUACCGAGAAAAGGAGCCCCGGAAAAAAAAUGAACGUGAAAGUCGGGCAUUGUUACGGAUCGUUAAACAAAACAGAAAAAUAACUUUAUCGGACAUAACUGGAGUUUUUAAUUUAAUAGGACACGCUACAGUUUCCAGACGAACCGUUCAGGGGAAAUUGUUUAGUAAAGGAUAUCACAGGCGUGUUGUUGUAAAACGGAUUCGAAUUCGAGAAAUCAACCGGAAGAUUCGCGUAAACUGGUGCAGAACAAACAGAAGGAGGACUGUAGGCCAUUACUGGAAAAGGGUGAUCUUCAGUGACGUGUGCAAAGUUGAUAUCGAGACCGACAAUAAGGUUUUCAUUUGGAGAAAGGUAGGCGAAGAUUGGCUGCCGUGUGGCCUCGGAACUCCUACAACCCCUAAGUUCAGUUUGAUGAUAUGGGGUUACAUUACAUACGAAGGUGUCGGUAUUGUAACUGUUCUAAAGGGUAACAUUAAUGCUGAAAAGUAUAUUUCCAUCCUAGAAGAUAAUCUCUGGCCCGUUGUAGCUCGCCAUUUCCCGGGUGGAAGGUACAUAUUCCAAGACGACAACGCCCCGAUACAUUGAGCCUGGGUUGUAAGCAAGUUCAAAACAGAACAUAGAAUUCGUUUUAUGAUCUGGCCUGCCCAAAGUCCGGACUUAAAUAUAAUAGAGAACGUAUGGCAUAGGCUUAACAUACAACUAACAAAUCAACCUGAUAUCGUAGACACACAAAAUAAGCUUGAGGCAGCCAUUCAGGACAUCUGGUAAAACAUUCUCGUUUAAUAUAUCAUAAACUUGUAUUCGAGCUUACCAAGGAGAAUACAGAGUGUAAACAUCGAAAGGCUAAAAUUAUAACCAAAUAUUAAGGUAAAUGGUUGGUGUUAAAUAUGUUAACACGCUUUGUUUUAUGAAGCACAUUUAUUUUUUACGUCAGCCAUUUAGUUUUUUGACGUUCACUUGUGGCACAUCACUACAUACGUAGAUCUAUUUAUCAACGAGCUGGUAUCUGGGGAAACCGGUCUUCACGCAUGUGUGUAAAAACAAGCAGGCUAAACCUGUACGAUACUAAAAACAGGCUUAACCUAGACGAUACUAAAACAGGCUAAGCCUGUACGAUACUAAAAACAGGCUAAACCUAGACGAUACUAAAAACACACUUAACUUAGACGAUACUAAAAAUAGGCUAAACCUUGACGAUACUAAAAACAGACUUAACCUAGACGAUACUAAAAACAGGCUAAGUCCUGGACGAUACUAAAAGCAGGCUAAACCUAGACGAUACUAAACUCAGGAUAAACCUGGACGAUACUAAAAACAGACUUAAUCUAUACGAUACUAAAAACAGGCUAAACCUUGACGAUACUAAAAAGAGGCUAAACAUAGAUGAAACUGAAAAGAGGCUAAACCUAGACGAUAUUAAAAACAGACUAAACCUAGACGAUACUAAAAACAGACUAAACCUAGACGAUACUAGGAAGAGGCUAAACCUAGAUGAUACUUAAAACAUACUUAACCUAGACGAUACUAAAACAGGCUAAACCUAGACGAUACUAUAAACAGGCUUAACCUCGACGAUAAUAAAAACAGGCUAAACCUUGACGAUACAAUAGAGAGGCUAAACCUAGACGAUACUAUAAACAGGCUAAACACAGACGAUACUAAAAAUAGGUUAAACCUAGACGAUACUAGGAAGAGGCUAAACCUAGACGACACUAAAAACAGACUUAACCUAGACGAUACUAAAAGCAAGCUAAACCUAGUCGAUACUAAAAAGAGGCUAAACCUAGACAAUACUAAAAACAGACUUAACCUAGAUGAUAUUAAAAACAGGCUUAACCUGGACGAUACUAAAAACAGACUUAACCUAGACGAUACUAAAACAGGCUAAACCUGGACGACACUUAAAACAGACUAAACAUAGACGGUACUUAAAAGAGGCUAAACCUAGACGAUACUAAACCUAGACGAUACUUAAAAAACAGACUAAACCUAGACGACACUUAAAACAGGCUAAACCUAGACGAUACUAGGAAAAGGCUAAAGAUAGACGAUACGAAAAACAGACUUAACCUAGACGAUACUUAAAACAGUCUAACCCUAGACGAUUCUAAAAACAGGCUAAACGAUACUUUACGCUAACACGGAAGCCUCUUCAUAACAAUAAUAAAGUCUAGGCGGUGAGUGUCGUCCCAGCCCUGCUUGUAGGACUGCAAUGCGUUUUUCUUUGUUUGUAGUGUGGUAUGUAUUCAUGAACGUUUGCGACGUUCUAGAAAUGUUAAAAUUCAUUCACGUAUUCGCCAUACAAAUCGUGUUCCUAACGUUCUUCCAACUUAUGUAUGCUGUAUAAAUAAGUUACAUGUAGAGAUUUUUAAGUAUGACUGAUUAAUGAAAGAUACUUGUUUGUAGAUCAGAGCAUCCGGCCAACGAUAAUACUUAGUAUAAAACUAUAAUGAAAACAAAAAACAAAUACCCGUAAGUAAAACCUAAUAGAUGUCAUGUUAUGGGGGUAUUUAAGUAAGUGACACCACACUUUGAAAGAUACUUUGAAAGGACUCUAACACUGCUGAAUAUUCAUAUUUCUGUGUUUAGGUUGUAAAGCAUUUACUUUUGAUAUUUUUCGUCCCUAAUUAAAGGAUUGAGUUUUUAGAAAAGUAAAGACAAUUAUCAGGUUGAAGUCUGGGCAUGGAAAAAUGUGCAUGCAUGCCGACUUUUUUUCAAAAAAUUUAGUUAAAAAAGUAACUAUAAUGAAAACAAAAAACAAAUACGUGUAAGUAGAACCUUAUAGAUUUCACGUGUUGGGGGUAUUUUAGUAAGUUACACCGCACUUUAAAAGAUACUUUGAAAGGAUAUUAACACUGCUGAAUAUUCAUAUAUUUUUGUGUUUAGGUUGUUAAGCAUUUACUUUUAUAUUUUUCAUUACUAAUUAAAGGAUAGAGCUUGUAGAAAAAUGAAGACAAUUAUCAGGUUGAAGUCUGGGCAUGGAAAAAUGUGCAUUCAUGCCGACUUUUUUUUCAAAAACUUUAAUCCGUGGUAUUUUUUUCACCUUAUGAAUUACGUCGACAUUCCAAAUCAGUACUGAUUUUUACGAUGAAAUUUAUAGGACUUUACACUGGCCGUAUAAGUGUGUAUGCGAUAACUAGUAGUUGAAUAAUAAUGGCAUAAGAAAACAUGACAUACCGGUAAUUAUUACGUUCGCUUAAUGUUUCUUAUUGUUCAUAUCCAACGUAGUUAUUUGGUUUAUGAACUGAAUAAACAAACAAUCUCGUUUAACGAAACUCAUCACAGAACGUUUACAUUGGAUUCACCUUAUGCAUAUUUUACUUAUAACAUAAAGGAAAUUUCAAUUAUCAUGAUCGACCCCCACCCCACCCCACACACACGCCCGUGCGCGCGCGAACACACGCACACUCAUUCGCUAUGGCAUCAGAUAUUCUAAUGGAUUUGAGCAUAGCUUUGGUAGUUAAUAAAUAUGGGAGAUAACCGACGCAAUAAGAUUGUGUAUGUGAAUGGGGUACUAGCCCUUGAAUAUUCUAAAACGGAUUUUAAUGUACAUCCAACUGCGUUCUUAAGUUUCAUCUGAAUACUUGAACUUAAUACUUUAAAGAUAUCCAUGAUAUAUGACUUUAUCUAUUGUGGGGACUCUUUGUGACAUGUAUUACAUUUCAUUUAAACACAUUGUACAGGAAAAAAGCUCAGCCUUUCUUUUAUGACAGUUGUUUUCUUUAAUAUUAAUAGUAUUAUAUGUUCGUAAAUUGCAGUAUAUAUAUAUUGCAUUGUAAUCGAUUUCAUGCCUUUUGCUGUUGCGAUUUUGACUGUUUACAUGCACAGUUGUUAUUUAGACUUUACCUCAUACUUUCAGUUAUACACGUAUGUACAUUCUUUAAUAAAGGAGCACUUUACUGUU